GACUUGCGAAGAUGGCGAACUCGAUUACUGGAAAGGAUUGCAUGAUCUCGGAAUGGAUUCUGUUGAUUGCUGCAUAUGUCCUUGUGGGCUUGAGGAUGUACACUCGUCUGCUAGUGCAGAGGCAGAAGUUGAGAUUGUCUGAAUACAUUCUUUUGUUCUCUGCUUUAAUUGGUCUGGGACAUCAUUUGCGAGUCAUCAUGGAUGAUUGGGAGUCAUCGGUCACAUUGUCGAAAAUCUCGUUCGCCUCCAACUACUUCUAUGACUUUGGCAUGUUGAGCAUGCUAGCUUUCUACUGGAGCGUGUUUCCCGCCGACAGACCUAUGCUGCGAAAGGCCAUGUACGUGAUCACUGCCUACGUGUGCUCUGCCUACAUGACCGUUCUCUGGACAGACACUUUCUACUGCGAGACCCCAGUGUCUGUCCAAUGGAGCCAGGAAGAAGGUGCCUGCAGUGUAUUUUACGCGGAAACACCAGUCUACUUUAACUUUUCUGUCAACCUUUCUUCCUACAUCUUCAUCUAUGGUCUUCCUCUUUUCUUGCUUAAAGGAAUGAGUAAGGAACACAAAGCCGCCAUCUACUUUACCUUUUCCUUGGGUAUCGUGCCUGCAUUGACGACGUCGAUCCGCUUUGUCACGCUGAACACUGAUUCUAACGAGCCUAAUUUGGUCUACAUUUUGAGUAUGGCUGAGAUGGCUACGGCCAUUGCUGCUGUCUCGGUGCCUGGAUUGAAGCUGUUGCUUGAUAGACGUGGUGCGACUGCUGAUGAUCGAUCGCUUGUCAGUGGAGAGGUCGUUAGAGAGAACAAGCAUGAUGGCGAGGUC